UGAUCGUGUCCAGUUGCUGAUCGUCACAUCGCCGAUCGUUCGUGCCAGACAAUCCACCGUCCCGGCCUCAGCCUCUUCUCUUCCUGUCAUUCUCGUCCCUCCUGAAUACCUGCAAAUGGCCUCGGCAACGGUGGUGCUUCCGGGCGACAAGAUUGACUAUCAGAGCAAUCCAGACGAGGAGAAGGCGUCGAGCAUCCGGAUCGGGCCCGGCUUGGUCCAGGACCGCGAUGAUGUCAUCGCCAUCAAGGCCGGAGUCCUCAAGAGCUCCAGCAACGGAAAGUGGUGGAUCGAGAGCUCCCAGAAGAGGUAUAUCCCGUCGGCGGGCGAAAACGUCCUUGGCAUCAUCACGGCCCGAAACGUCGAGGGCUACCGAGUUGAUAUCGGUGCCGCCCAUCCCGCCCAGCUGUCGGCGUUUGCCUUUGAGGGUGCAACCAAGAAAAACCGCCCGACUCUGGAGGUCGGCGCUUUGGUCUAUGCCCGGAUCAGCGUCGCCAACAAAGAUAUGGAGCCCGAGCUCGAGUGCAUCAGCCCCAACAGCGGCAAGGCCGACGGAUACGGCGAAGUCAAGGACGGGUUUUCGUUCAACUGCUCGCUUGCCUUGGCACGCAACCUGCUAAAGGCCGAGAACGCCGUACUGUCUGCCCUCGGCGAGCGGAUACCGUUUGAGAUCGCCGUUGGCAUGAACGGCCGCGUCUGGGUCAAUGCCGGAUCAUCCAGACACAUUGUCCUUGUUGUCAAUGCCAUCAAGAACUCGGAACAUGUCUCGCCCGAGAAGGCCAAGGAUCUCGUCCGCGCGCUGACGAAGCAGCUGGAAGACUCGAUGGACAUCUCGCAAUAGAUCGGAAGCAGCGGCUCCUGCCUCCUUUUCCGCUGCACACACACAUAUUCAGACCACCAUCCCACACGAUGUUUUGGCAGUCCUGUCGACUGUCCCGGGCUUUCUUCUGUCGAUAAGCUGCUUCGCGGGUCACGGUCGCCAACACGGACCGCCACUCUUGUAAGUGUCGUCGUCGUCGGAUCGUCUUUCCUCUCUCGCCUGGUCUGUCUCUUCAUUCGCGCUCGCCGUGCAUCCUGGCGGCCUCGCCAUUCGCUGCCCCUCCCCUCCCCUUCCUGGUUGCCUGUGACGAACUCGGCAGGGUAGACUCGGCGGAGAACAGUCAAUAUGCCAGCCCCGAUCCAGGCCCUGUCUUUUGUGAA